AUGAAUCAACAAGUCACAGAAUUUAGGAUUGUCCUAGUUGGUAAAACAGGUGUUGGGAAAAGUUCCGUCGCUAACACCAUCCUUGGAAAACAGCAUUUUCACAAAGCAGCGAGCUCUAAGUCUGUGACUAAGGAGUGCAGUAAGGCUAGCACUAUUAUUGAUGGGAAAACAGUCACGGUUUUGGACACUCCAGGCUGGUGUGACACAGAGCUCUCCGAGGCCGAACUCACGCAGGCGACAGUGAAAUGCAUCGACAUGUCAUACCCAGGGCCCCACGUCUUUCUUUUAAUCUUGGCGAUCGGCAAUCGCUUCACAGCCGAAGAGAAGAAAACAGUCCAACAGAUACAGGAGAUCUUUGGGGAACGAGCUACAAGAUACACAAUGAUUCUGUUCACAAGAGGAGACGACCUGGAGGAGGACAUGAGCAUUGAAAAUUAUCUGAAAGGGGCUGUAGAAGAACUUCAAGCCCUGGUUGCCAAAUGCAAUGGCAGGUAUCAUGUUCUCAAUAAUAAAGAUAAAAGCCGUAACCAAGUGAGCGUGCUCCUGCAAAAGAUCCAAGACAUGGUGCAACACAAUGGUGGUGAGUGCUACACAAACUCAACAUACCAGCUGAUGGAGAAAUAUAAGAAAAGAGAAGCUGAGUUAGAACUGGAAGCCAGAGCUACUCAAAAGAAGAUUCAAGCCAGGGAAGCUGAGCUCCAAAGACGAAUACAAACCAUGGAACAGGAGCAGCAGCGCCAAAAGCUGAGAGAAGCACAGCUGCGGGAACAGUUGAGACAAAAGGAGACCGACGACGUUAGAGGAGGUUCUGUUGUGGUUUCUCUGCUGGAGCAAAUGCAAAUUAGUGCCAAGGCUGCUGAACAUCAACAGAAGAUUAAUGCUGAGAGGCAAAAGCAGAGAGACGAUCGGCUGGGACGUCUGCAGGGAGAGGAGACAAGAAGACAAAAUGAGGAGUUUGCGCAAAGAUGUAGAAUUGGGAGUGAGAGGAAGAAUUUUGAACGGGAAAAAAAAGACAUUGCAAGAAGUUAUAGAGCAAGAAUACUCGAGCUGGAAGAGCAGAAGAAGCAGGCAGAAGCUGAAAGAGAGGAAAUGUUAAAGAAACAUCUCAAAAAAGCCAGGUGCAUCAUUUCAUAAAAAGCUAUUUAUUAUCAGUCCCUCCAGAAAAACGCGAUUAUGCGAUCGCUGAAUUCAAUGCAAAAUCAGCCAA